AUGAGCUCUUCUAAUUUCUCAACUUCCGGUCAAUUACCUGUUCCGUUGAUCAUCCCGGAUACACAAGCAGCCAUGCCAACAACCAGCGGCUCAUCGUUCAACAUUUUCCGGAUGAUUAUAAACGACGGUCAACGUACCAAACUUAAACAACCAAUCGUCGAUUUGGAGUCAGAAGACUUGAGCGAAACUCGGGAAGCUGUUACGAAAAGCCCGGUGGCAAAACGAAGAAAAGAAGACUCAAAGACUGACGAGGUUUCUAGUAUGGCGUCAACAGACCGUCCGGACCACAUUGCGAAGUCAUCACAAGGUAGACUGUGCAAUGCCAAAAAAAGUGAAGUGAAAUCAGUUUUGGGUGCUUCCGUGGUUGAUCUUACUAGCGAAGAUGCGAAUGAAUUAAGUCUGAUAACAUCAUCCCAAGUUGGAGAUGUUAUUGACAUCACUAGCGAAAGUGUUUCACCUUGUAGUACGAUAGUAGAGAUUAGUGAUUACGAAGACGAUGUGGUGUGCUUGAAUGAUUUGACGGUACUAGAUGAAGAAGUCAGUAUACUCGAAGAUGAUGUCGUAAAUCGGGAAACGUCCAACUCGUUCAAGAAGAAGUAUGGGAAUCAGAUUAUCGGUACUGUUUUUUUUAAACGUCAAAGUCCGUGUGCUCCAAGUCGAUCGGGUUAUGCCACAUACUACAAACCGCAAACAGACAUGACGGGCGAAGGAUGUGCAGUGUUUGUGAGAAACUCGAAGUUGGAAGUUGUCAGUUAUCGUACUGUAGAGUAUUUCAUAGGGUCUGCUACAUCUAUGAAUAGAGAUCAAAUUGGGCAGAUAUUGCGGAUAAGGUGCAGGGAGACUGAUCAAGAGUUUAUUUUCGCCAACACACAUUUGCUAUUUAAUUCAGCGCGAGGUGAUAUCAAACUCGGACAGCUUGCAAUGCUUAUAGCAAACAUUGAAGAUGAGUUGACGAAAUCGCGUUGCCCCGUUGUACUAUGUGGCGACUUGAAUAUUGAGCCACUUUCAUAUGUUUACACUUAUAUUAGCGAAUCUAGUGUAUAUCUACGAGGCUUGCGACGCAACGAGUUAUCCGGUCAAGGACGAUAUGGAGGACCUUACGUAGUAGCAGACAAUAUUUUACCACCAGUGGCAAACAUUGGUCGAGAUAGCAUGUUUAUUAAUAAGGAAGUACAUCGCCAAGCCGUCGUUGCUGACUAUUUCACUCAUCCUUUGCGGCUAACUUCUGUAUAUCAUCAUUUCAGCGUGAAUGGAGAGAAGGAGAUAUCCACUUAUCACAAGGACAUGGCGAAUCCUGACUUUUUAUUCUAUUCAAUUGAGAAGAAAGUGACUGCUGAUUCUAGAACACAUAUAUAUGAAGUUCCUGAGCUUCGUUUAUUGCGGCGAUUGAGUCUUCCUGAUUUUACGAUCCUGAGAAAAACAUGUGGUCCAUGGCCCAAUCGUUACGUUCCCAGUGAUCAUAUACCACUAGUCGCAGAUUUCGUACUGUCGAAGAUAGAUAGGGAUCUCAUCCCGACUAGUCACGAGGCAAGGAGGGGUGCCCCAGGUGGCGGACAGGGAAAUAAUCGGGAUAAUCGAGGACCAAAAGAGACCUUACGCUUGGUUGAGACGCAAGUCGAUUCAGGAGACGUACACAACUUUCUUCUGCGUCGAUUUGGCAUAUCUUUGUGUUUCUGA